AUGUCCUACCAGAACCGCCCGCCCUCUCACGGCCGUCUCAAUGAGCUCCUCGACGCCAUCAAGCAAGAGUUUGACAGCGUCAAUUCCGAGGCAUCCGUCUACCGCAUGCACAAGGAUGAAUUCGACAUCAAGUUCUCCCAGCAGACCGCCGAGAUGAACCAGAUCAGACAGACCGUCUACGAGUUGGAGUCGGCCCACCGCAAGAUCAAAGAGGCGUAUGAGGAUGAAAUCAUGCGCUUAAAGACCGAGUUGGACGCCAGAGACAGACAGCAGCACCAGCACCAACAGCAGCACCAGCAGCAAAUCAAGAACGCGUACUACUCCCCACAGACCCAGACCCAGCCACCGUUGCACCUGUUACCGCCGCCGCAGCUUCCCGAGGUCAAGACUGAGGUCAAGCCUGAGGCCGCGCUGGUGGCCCCAGCGGCGUCCGAGUUCACCUUGCCGAAGGCGCAACGCGCCCAGCACUCCAAACCGCUCCCAUCGUUCCUCGCGGACUUGGAGCCGGCCAAGGUCCCGGCGCACUUGAAGAAGGUUUUGGACGACUACUACGUGCUCUACAACCCGCAGUUCACCACGAACAACCAGCACAAGAUGGACGUGGAUGUGGUGCACACCUUGAGCCACUCCUCCGUCGUGUGCUGCGUGCGCUUCUCCAAGGACGGCAAGUUCCUCGCAACCGGCUGCAACAAGACCACGCAGGUCUACGGCGUCGAGACCGGCUCCCUCGUUGCCAAGUUGAUCGACGAGUCCUCCAGCGCUUCCACCUCCGACGCGGCCGCCACGCCAACCUCGGAUUUGUAUAUCCGUUCCGUGUGUUUCUCGCCAGACGGGAAGUACCUUGCGACCGGUGCCGAAGACAAGUUGAUCAGAAUCUGGGACCUCUCUACCAGAACCAUUGUCAAGUACCUCAAGGGCCACGAGCAGGACAUCUACUCGUUGGACUUCUUCCCCGAUGGCCAGAGAUUGGUCUCCGGAUCCGGCGACAAGACCGUGCGUAUCUGGGACUGCAACACCGGCCAGUGCUCGUUGACGCUCUCGAUUGAAGACGGUGUCACCACCGUGGCCGUGUCUCCUGACGGCCAGCACAUUGCCGCCGGGUCCUUGGACAGAGCCGUGCGGGUCUGGGACGCCGCCACCGGAUUCUUGGUUGAGAGAUUGGACUCCGAGGUUGAGUUGGACAACGGCCACCAGGACUCCGUGUACUCUGUCGCCUUCACCAACAAUGGCAGCGAGAUCGUGUCCGGGUCGUUGGACAAGACGGUCAAGUUGUGGUCGUUGAAGGGCUCCAAGAGCGGCGUGAACGCGCCGGAAGCCCCAGCCUCGUCCAACUCGUGCGAGGUUACGUACGUCGGCCACAAGGACUUUGUUCUCUCGGUCUGCGCCACGCCUAACAGUGAGUAUAUUUUGUCUGGUUCCAAAGACAGAGGGGUGAUUUUCUGGGAGAAGAAGUCGGGUGACCCGCUCUUGAUGUUGCAGGGCCACAGAAACUCCGUCAUCAGCGUGUCUGUGGCUAACUCUGGUGAUGGCAACUCUGGGUUGUUUGCCACCGGUUCUGGUGACUGCAGAGCAAGAAUUUGGAGAUGGACCAAGUCCAGCUAAACCGCAGCGAAGCUGCUGCUGCAUCGAGGGAUGGCCGAAGAGGUUACCGGAGGAUGUUUCGGUGAAUUUCUGCCUCUUUCGUGGAACGGAGUGCGUAUUUGACCAUUGACUGGUGUUGAGUAUAUUGUAUUUAUUCCGGGUACCGCGUUCUCUUCUUCUGUAUCUUAUUCUUUCUCUAUGCACGCCAUUGGCGUUUUUUGUUAUCUUUAUGUAUUUUUACCUGAACCUAUUGU